AAAAUUACGACAGUUCAGUGUGUUCUUCCACACGUGUUUUUUUUUGUAAUCUUCCAUAAGAGGCAGCGGCAGGAGUAAUCACAGACGGCUAGCAAGUGAUUGUGUGGCAUCAGACUAAGUUAUUCUGUUAUUACACUGUUUAAUACUCUGAUAUAGUCAUGUUAAAGUCCGUUGUCCGUGCGGUGGGAGCCGCUGUCCGUAUUUCUUCAUCUACCACGUCCACAGCCCGAGCUGUGCCGCUCGCCUGUGCGACCCUGUGUUCUCCAAGUUCGGCAACAAUUCGGCCCUUCACCCGCUCUCUCUGGAUGCUGAAUAACAACGGAGCCUCGUCAACAUACAGACCAAAAUUGUUUAGUUCAAAAGCAUUGAAUCCAUCUGUAUCGUGUGGAUGUGGGGGACUGCACACAGAAGGCGACAAAGCAUUUGGCGAUUUCUUGUCUGAUGAAAUAAAAGAAGAAAAGAAGCUCCAGAAAAGCCAGACUCUUCCAAAGAUGUCUGGAGGAUGGGAACUGGAGAUGAAUGGCACGGAGGCUAAACUCACAAGAAAUGUUUCCGGAGAAAAAGUCAGUGUCACAUUCAAUGUGAAUAACAGCAUUCCUCCUAACUUUGAGGAAGAGGUUGAACAAGGACAGCAGAAGCCAGCAGAAGAAGAGCCAGAAAUUGUGUCAACACCCAACUUUGUUGUUGAAAUAACGAAAAAGGCUGCAAAACAUUCCCUGGUGUUUGACUGCCAUUUUCCUGAGGAUGAGAUAAGUCAUGGUGACGGAGAAGAGGAGAGCGACAUCUUUACCAUUCGUGAGGUCAGUUUCCAGCCUGAGGGAGAUUCAGAGUGGAAAGAGACCAGCUAUACACUCAACACGGACUCUCUUGACUGGGCCCUGUAUGAUCACCUGAUGGACUACCUGGCUGACCGUGGGGUCGACAACACCUUUGCAGAUGAACUGAUGGAGCUGAGCACCGCCCUUGAACAUCAGGAGUACAUAAAGUUCCUGGAAGACCUCCAAGGAUUUGUUAAAUGUAACUAAUAUUAGAAAUAAGCCAACUUUCUCUUGUCCUCAGUAAACAUAUUGGCAAAGUUGGUGGUAUGAUGGCAGAGGUUAUGCUAAAGCAAAUGUUGCAGCACUGAAUGGCUGACAUGUUUGGGCACUCUAAAGAGACUGAGCAGUGUAUGUGAUGGUGAGACUUGGCUACAGAUGUGUUCUUUAGUAAAUUCUCUUUAUUCUUCUGCAAUUUAAAUGGUAGUUUAAAUUAAAUAACAUUGAAGACUACAGGUAAUAUGCAGGAUAUGACCAGGUGCUGAAGCAUAGAAUUCCUGUCUUAACUGCAGUGGUUUAAAAUAGUCCAGCCAGUAUUUGUGAAUAUUCAACUUCCCUCAAGCCUAUAAUGGGAGACUUUUGUCAAGGUGUAAAAUCAAAAUAAAGACACCCAUAAAUGUGACAGUUUGGCAAAAUUAGCUCAAGUAUAUUUGUGUGACAGCCAGUGUGCUGCAAGUCUUACUUUUAGAUUUCAGGGGAGUUCAUGUUGACUAAUACUGAUGUGCCUCAGACCAAAAUAUGAAGUUUGAAUUUGGUAUCUAAGUAUUUACAGAAAAUAGAAGGUCUGUGUUCAGUAAAAUGAUUUCAUAUUAACA